AUGACCGCAAUGAACGUUUUUGUUAUCGGACACUCUUACAUCAGAAGACUAAAAGAAUAUUGUGUUCAAAAGGGGACAGAAAAUUUGGGUUUGGAUCCAAAAGAAUAUCAUGUCACUUUCAGAGGGAAAGGAGGACUGAAAUUGAGUAAACGGUUACACCGCUCCGAGUUUCUGUGUUUUGACACUGUCCCGGAUGUUGUGUUUUUACAAAUCGGCGAGAAUGAUAUUUCCACUUCCACGAAUAGCAGAAAAUUAGCCAUGGAUAUUAUUUCCGUUGCACAAUAUCUUCGUGACGGAGUAGGUGUGAAAUUAAUUAUUAUAGGUCAAUUAAUUCGCCGUAUGCAGUUCGCAUCAUGCAGAAAUUUCAAUGCCACAGUGGUUGAAAUCAAUUUACAUGUGAAACAGAUGAGCGACCCCCUAUGUGGUAUUCAUUAUUGGGGACAUAGAGGGUUCUGGAAUGACCUGCAAUACCUAGGACCAGAUGGUGUCCAUCUGCUCUGUACCCCUACUGAGGACCAGCCUAUGAGGAAAUAUCGCCGCAGUGUCAGGAAUGCGGUGAUCCUGCUUUCUAAAUUACUAAGGCCAGUAUAAUUUUUGCCUUGCAUAUUGUUCAUUAUUUUAUGAGCACUAAAGUAUUUCUAUGUCACAAUUUUUACAACAAACAUACACGAUAAUAUUGUGUUGGAAUGAGUCAUGCUCUCAAUGUGACAUUUGAAGAUCAAGAGUUAAAUAUCAAUUGUGCCUAAUUAAAAGACAGAUACCUCAGUUUGCACACAAAAGGCAGGUAUGAUAGGUAGUCGAAUAUAUAAUGAUGAAGUAUGACACAUGUUUUAAUUUUUGUUGUUGUUAUUGCCCUGUAAAACCAGUUAGAUAUUUCUUGAUGCCUUCUAGGUCAGAAUCAGAGAAUUACACAUACUAUUCAUAAAAUGAUCUGAGUUCAUUAUGUAAUUAGGAGUCAGUGUAUCUCUUUUAUUUACAUGUUGGGGCAGUUUUAGUAAAACCCGAUAAAUAUUUAGUCUCAUGUCAACAGGUGUUUAGGAGUCAGUGUGUUGGUGGUAUUUACAUGUCCGUGUGGGUCAGAGUUUACCCAUUUAUUUUGUUUGAAUAAAGUCAACAUGUAAUUAGGAGUCUAAGCUACUCUGUUAUUUACAGGUUUGUGUGGGUCGGAGUUACCCAUAUAUUUAUUGAUUAAUGUAACAUGUAAUUAGGAGUCUGAGUUACUCUGUUAUUUACAUGUUUGUGUGGGUCGGAGUUACCCAUAUAUUUUUUGAUUAAUGUAACAUGUAAUUAGGAGUCUGAGUUACUCUGUUAUUUACAUGUUUGUGUGGGUCGGAGUUACCCAUAUAUUUCUUGAUUAAUGUAACAUGUAAUUAGGAGUCUGAGUUACUCUGUUAUUUACAUGUUUG